AACAAAGGAAUGAGGUUUGUUUGGUUUUUCUUUCUCUUCCCCCCAAUAAAUAGGGGCAACAAAGGUUCCAAGCGAGUGGAUUCAGGACGAGAGAGCCCUAGAAGGAUUGAGAUGGAAGAUAACAACCCUUCAACACUGACAUGCAUGGUGGUGGCCAUUGAUCCCACCAACUUCUGUUACAGAGUCUGCUCUGUCUGUGAGAGAACUCUCCCGGACAACUUUAACAACAACAGCAACAACAACGCCGCUUCUUCAUCAUCCUAUUCUCACUGCAAAUUCUGCAACUUCAACAAUGCCUUCAGCGCUGGUUCCUCCAGUUCCAAACGCCUCUUUCGCAUCCUUCUUUCCAUAGCAUCGGAUACAAAGGUUUUCGUGGUGAUCAUGUUUGAUAGGGCGGCUAGGGUUCUGUUUGGUUGCUCAGCUGACGAAUUCUUUGAUUUUGCCAAGUUUCAUCCCUUUGCCGCUGAGACUGCUGCUAAAGUCCUGGAGGGAGAAAUGUUACGAGUGACACUAUCAAGGCCAAAGAAUGGCAAUGCACAGCAUCAGCGGGUGGCAUCUGUUGUUCCUUUGCGGACUGGUUUCCAACCUGCAAUUAAGACUCUGAGGGAAUUGUAUGGAGCAAGAGUUGGUUCCUAGCCAUUUUACUCUUCUUGUUUGCUUUCCUUAAGUUAGAAGACCCCUAUGUUUACUUAGCUGCAUUAGGCAGUUGAUCAAACAAACUUAUAUCAGGUUAUUGUCUGGAAAUGAAUUCAAUUAUGUUGUGAUUUUCCGGUGUUUGACUUUGAUUACUCUCGGCAUUGUAGAAGGAUCAAACAUGAAUCUAAAAUUGGUUUCGUUUUGUUUGUUCAU